AUGUCCACUUCCUGCAUCUCCCUCCUGUCGCCAUCACACGUGCACCUCCAUGGCCCUCAGCAGAGCCCCUCCUACCAUCCAGCAUCAGGGCCUCCUCUACAGACUCAUGAGUUACUUACCAGCGUUUUCCUGACUGCCAUUUGGAGAGAGACCGUUUCUAUUACCCGUUUCCUGAGAUCUGCCUGUUCCCUGUCGGCACCGUUGCCUUCUUCUGCCUGUCUUCUGAGAGAGCUGGACCUGAGUAACAACAACCUGCAGGACUCAGGAGUGAAGCUUCUGUUUGCUGGACUAGAGAGUCCACACUGUGCACUGGAAACUCUCAGUCUGUCAGGCUGUCUGAUCACAGAGGAAGGCUGUGCUUCUCUGGCAUCAGCUCUGAGCUCUAACCCCUCCCAUCUGAGAGAGCUGGACCUGAGCUACAAUCAUCCAGGAGACUCAGGAAUGAAGCUUCUAUCUGCUGGACUGGAGGAUCCAGACUGGAGACUGGACACUCUCAGGAGAUAUACGCAACAGGGAGCCUCUCAGAAAAACAGCUCCAUUGUGCAACAAGCUGAACUCACACUAGACACAAACACAGUGAACAGAAACCUCAAACUGUCUGACAACAACAGGAAGGUGACAUGUGUGAGAGAGGAUCAGCCGUAUCCUGAUCAUCCAGACAGAUUUGACCAGUGUCCUCAGCUGCUGUGUACAACUGGUCUGACUGGUCGCUGUUACUGGGAGGUGGAGUGGAGAGGAAAGGUUGAUAUAUCAGUGAGUUACAGAGGAAUCAGAAGGAAAGGAGAUAGUAAAGAGUGCAGGUUUGAAGGGAACGAUCAGUCCUGGAGUCUGCACUGCUCUGAUGUUAGUGGUUACUCUGUCUCACACAAUAACAAAGUAACACUUGCCUCCCCCUCCUCCUCCUGUGUCUCUCACAGAGUAGCAGUGUAUGUGGACUGUCCUGCUGGCUCUCUGUCCUUCUACAGAGUCUCCUCUGACUCACUGAUCCACCUCCACACAUUCAACACCACAUUCACUGAACCUCUUUAUCCUGGGUUUGGGUUCUGGUCCUACUUCUGGUCUGACUCCUCAGUGUCUCUGUGUUCAGUGUAG